UAAUCUCACUAAUAUCUCUUAUUGUAAUGUCACAAUGAAAUGUGUAUAAGCUCACUAAGCUCACAACUAUAAGCUCAGUAAUCUAAAACAUAGCAUGCCCCACCCCAAACAAUGUCAGAAUGAAAUGUCUCUUCAUUUCACAGCUAUAAGCUCACUGAUCUAAAACAUGGGCCGCCCCCACCCCAAAUCCCAAAACCAAUAAAAACCUUCAAAUCCAGAAUCUCCAUAUUCGAAUCAAAUUUAACCCCAUGGCAUCGCAUCCCCAACUUCUCCCCACUUCGUACAAUUCUCUUGCUGUGAAAACAAAAGGCUAAAGGACACGAAGAGGCCCUCAUCAACUACCUACUAGAUCUCACGUGCAAUGCCAUGCAGGAAUCUACCAAUGGAACCGGCCAUCUAUGGCAGAUGGGUUUCGUCCAUUGUAUUAUUAUAAUAAUAUUCAUGUUGAGAAUGUGAUUGUUUCAGAUUUAAAUAUCGCCAGAAAACGUGUUUCCGCAGAACUUUUCUCAGAACAGCGGGGGGAGAAGAAGAACAGAGCAAGAAGCAGGGGAAUAUCAAAUUAUCGAAAUCGAGAGUGAGGAUCGAAAAUCAAAGAUGGAAGGGAGUGAGGUGAAGAAUUUCGCGAUGGUGUGGACGGCGGUGUGGGCGUCUCUCAGCUAUUGCUACUUUUUAGGCAAGAUUGUCCAAAAAGGUGCUCUAAGAUUCAUGUCGAUACUCCCUGUUGUCUGUCUCUUUCUUCUUCUUCCGUUAAACCUUACUUCCAUCCAUCUCGGCGGCAUCACCGCCUUCUUCGUCGCCUGGCUCGCCAACUUCAAGCUCCUCCUCUUCGCCUUCGGCCGAGGCCCUCUCGCCUCCACCGACCCCCCACUCUCCCUCAGCCGUUUCGCCGCCGUCGCCUGCCUCCCCAUCAAGAUCCGCCGCGACCCAACCUCCCAAUCCGCGCAAAAACACCAGAUCGAAAUCGACCAAUCUCAAAAGCCAAACCCAUAUCCCCAAAUCCCCAAAAAAUCGCACAAAUGGAUUCUGAACUACGGCACAAAGGGUCUCCUCCUGGGUCUUCUCCUCCGAUUGUAUGAUUACAGCGACCAAUUUCACCCGAAAUUGCUUCUCUUCCUCUACUGCUUCCAUGUCUACUUCUGCCUCGAGCUCAUCUUGGUCCUAGUCGCGACUUUGGCUCGAACCACUCUGGGGAUGGAGCUUGAACCGCAGUUCCGCGAGCCCUACCUCUCCUCCUCGCUCCAGGACUUCUGGGGCCGGCGCUGGAACAUCAUGGUCAGCUCUAUCCUGCGCCCCACCGUGUACGAACCCGUCCGCGCCGGUUCCACCAGGAUCGUGGGCCGCAAGUGGGCCUCUCUCCCGGCGGUCUUCUCCACCUUCGUGGUCUCGGCGCUGAUGCACGAGCUCAUCUUCUUCUACCUGGGACGAGUCCCGCCGACCUGGGAGAUCACAUGGUUCUUCCUCCUUCACGGCGCGUGCCUGGUGGCGGAGAUCGUCGCGAAGAAAUCGUUCGCGAGAGGGUGGCGGCUGCCCCGCCUGGUCACGGGACUACUCACCGUCGGGUUCGUGAUGGUGACGGGGUUCUGGCUGUUCUUCCCGCAGCUGCUCCGGUGCAGAGGCGACGUCCGGGCGCUUGAGGAGUACGCGGCGGUCGCCGAGUUCGCGAGGAGUAGCCUGUUGGGCUUGACGCGUGCAUUCACGGCGACGGCGAAACCUUAUAACGCAACGAGCGUCUCGUAAGCCUUCUGGGUUUUUCUUUUUAAAAUUUUUUAAAUAAGAGUAUAUUUUGUAUUUUUGGGGUCAUUAAAUCAAGGUAGGAUUAUCGGACGGUCGAUAUUGAUGGUCCAGUAGAUCGAAUGGCCCAAAAAAAUCCCUUUUUUCAAAUUUUUGUGCUUUCGCUUAUAUUUAUUAUUUAGAAUUGUGUACAAUAAAUGCCAAACUCGUAAAAGCACAAUUGUCUUUGAUGAGAAUGGAGAAAGACAUCUUUUGUUUUAUUAAUAUUAUUAUUGGGCAUCAUUUUGGGAAA